ACCCCACCCACACAUCCAGUUGCUCCUCCUUCAUUUCAUAAUUUUAUUCGCAACUUUUACAAUGCAGAGCUUAUGUAUCUGAGCUAUUAUUUGAUGGUAACGUGCAUCACCUCUCCCAUCUGCUGGCUGCUCCUGCCACGCAUGCGCAGUGCGGCUCUCCAUCAUUUCCAAUAUUCCAGUGUAGGAGAACCAGCAGAGGCAGAGAACUAAUGGGAACCAUGGGAAUACCACUACCCAACUGCGUUUGGGAACCAAUAUGUUGAACUCACUCUUCUUGUCCGACUGAGGGACUGUAUCCUGGCCGGCAAAAGACAAAUGCCAAAGCAUCUUCCCCGAGUCGGAUGGCUCCGAGUGACAAGAUGCAGUAAUGGAAGUCCACGCCCCAUUCAGCACUGAAGCCAUGAAGCAGCUGAAAGGGUAGGGUCUGCUGUGAGCUCGCCUCACCCUACCCAACCGCCCGCCCCGUCAGCUCUACCUGAGAGAGUCCCACGUUGAAGCGUAAUCCUGCACCUCUACCCAAUCUCCGUAACCCCCCCACCACCCUCCCAGCUUUGGAAGACGAACAUGACGCGCAUUGCAAAGACGCUGGUUGAUGUCUGAUAUACAUACCUCUGAGGUGUUGAGCGUAAAACCAGUGGAGCAAUGAAUGGCGGAAAGGACUGUGAGGCGGGAGAUGAGAGGCAGGCCAUCCCUGUCCAGGUCCCCAUUGGCUGGCAGCGCAAGGCAGAGCACGGUGGCGGGGUGCUUUACAUGAGUCCCAGUGGCUCGGUGCUGUCCAGCUUGGAGCAGGUGAAGACCUACCUGCUGACAGAUGGAACCUGCAAAUGCGGCCUGGAGUGCCCACUCAUCCUCCACAAGGUGUUCAACUUUGACCCAGGGGCAGCUGUCAAGCAGAGGACAGCGGAGGAUGUGAAAGCAGAUGAAGACGUCACCAAACUCUGCAUUCACAAGAGGAAGCUUCUGGCUGUGGCCACGCUGCACAAGAGCAUGGGGACGCACCCACCUCUGACGCUGACCAGUCCAGGGGGAGGUACAUCGUCUGUGGUUGCUGCGCAUUCCACAACUCAACGAGCAAUAAGGACUAAACCCCACGAUGGACUGCCUAAUGCUCUUGGCCCAGACUGCAAGAAUCCUUUCAAGAUGAUGAUGGUCCCUGGACAACAACAGCAGCAGCAGAGGCUGUAUCCACCCCAGGAGAUGGGUGGAGCCCAGCAAACUGAGCUCUACUCUGGGUACCACAGGCACCAGAGGCUGGGCAGUGGGGAGCCAGGCCCCAAAUCCCCCUACCGGGUUGGGUAUGGAGGCAUGCUGAGCCCACCUCCCUCCAGUGCUAAGCUGUAUGGAGACGGCUCACAGUCUCCCAGUGCAGACACUCUGGGCACCCCUGAUGGCUUUCCAAGGACCAAUCCUUGUGGGUUUCCAGGAGCUGGCAGUCCAGGCUCAGCCUCUAUCCAUGGGAACUCUAGGACGCCUCUUUCCCCACCCAGUAUAAUGCUCCAUGGCUCCCCUGCGGGCCAGCCAUCCUGCGCCAUGACAGGGAGGACUAGCACGCCCCUUUCCCCCACGGCCACUGCCAAAAGCCCUGUCAUGAACAUGAACAUGCCUCGAGGGAACUUUCCCCCUGGUAUGGAUAUGCCCCGUGCAGCGUUUCACCAUAAAACACAUCCCGUACCGCCUCCUCCAUCCAUACCACCAUCCUGUGCCCUUCAGAAAAGGCAGUUGACCUCCGAAAAAGACCCAUUAGGCAUCCUGGACCCCAUCCCCAGCAAGCCAGUCAGCCAGCCCCACACCAACGCCCCAAACCCCUCCAACUUUCAGCCUAACAUCCACUCUCAGGUACAAAUGAUGAAUGUAAACAUACCCCCUCCCGCCAUCGUUCCCUUGCCAAGCAACUUACCUUUACCCACAGUGAAGCCUGGGCCUGUGGGGCAUGGCGGUCACGUUCAAAGGACUCAACAGGGUGGUCCGGCUUCCUCCAUGUCCCCCUCCCCUGUCACUUCCCCUGUCCACAUGGCAGGGCCUGCCCUUGGGAGAAUGGAGGCCUCCCCUCAUCGCUCACGCUCAUCCUCCACCUCCUCUGACCAUGGGAACUUUGCAAUGCCCUCGGGACAUCAGGCCCCAUGUGGCAACAUGAAGGUCCCCCCUCGUUCCCCCAGGUCUGCCAUGGGAUCUCCCAGACCAGCCAUGCCCUCCAGCCCCUCCACCAACAAAACUGACCCACAUCACCAGUACAAAGACUCCCAGAUGCUGCCUGGGAUGGGAAACUCGAUUGGCACCCAGCAGCACAGCAACCCCAUGUACUCGCCCACCUCUUCCUCCUCGUCGUCCUCUUCUAUGGCAACCCCAAGCGCUUCCCAGAAGGGCCACCCAGGACUCCUGGGGAUGCCUCUAAACCAGAUCCUCAACCAACAGAAUGCCGCUUCCUUUCCCGCCAGCAGUCUCUUGUCUGCCGCAGCCAAAGCACAGCUAGCAAAUCAAAACAAACUCAGCGCUGCUGGCAACAGCCCUGCUGGCAUGGCUGGUGGUGGUGUUGGUAUGGCAGGCAUGGGGGCCGGUAGCGGAGGUAAUGGUGGAGGUGGCGGACACCCUGGCUCUAUGAGCGGCCCUCGAGGCAUGGAGGGACACAGCACUUUAAACUCAAUGCUCCCGCCAAACUCCACCAUGCUGCUCAACACUCCUGAGGGCCAGAGUGGUCGGGCGGCUCUUAGAGACAAGCUCAUGGCCCAGCAGAGGGACCCCAUGCGCAAACGAAAGCAGUCGUCGGGCAGCGCUGCCGUAAACCACGACAACAGUAACAACAUGGUCUAUAACAUGCUUAACAAACGAGGCAUGGGAGGACCCCACAUGGCAGGGCCCAUUGCCACUGAGCAGCCGCGCAAAGUAGGCCGACUUGGAAACCUUCCCCCAAACACCUCCAUGGCCCAACUUCUCCAGUCCAUGAGCUGCCAGAGCUCCCACAACCAUCGCCCAGGUCUUAGCCCUGGCCCAGGGCCUCAAGGAUCUGCACAGCUGCACUACAACGACAGCACAGUUAUGGUCCCUGGUGGCCCUCAGCAGAAUCUCCUAGCUCAGCAGAGGCUGCGGGGUCCUGGAGAUGCCAUGCAACACUGCCAGAACAUGGACACCUCUGGGGGCCAUCUGGGCUCUCGUCCAGGCCAGUUCCCUGACAUCAUAGCCCAGAUGCAGGCCUCCUCCAUGAGUAACAGUGGGCCUAUGGGGCCAGGAGGUGGACCGGUGGGCCCUGAUGGCAUGCCGCUGGGGCGCCCCAACACUAACCCCCCGCCGCUGUCCCAUCCCGGCCCUCACCCCUCACAGCACAACCACCUUCACGGUAUGGGGCGGACUAGCAUGGUGCUGAUGCCACAUGUAGGUGGUGAUGGAAGCUGUACACAGACCAUCUCUGAUACAGGAAACCCCUCAUCCCUUGGCUGUGGUAUGGGCGGCCUGCAGCCACACAUCAACACCGGCGGAGGUCAGAUGUACCAGCAGCAGGUCCACCAGGGCAUGCAGCAGGGGGUGGUCUCCCACCCGGCCUACCAGGGACAGCAGCACUUCUCUGACAACUCACCCUACACAGACGGCAACAACGGCAAUGCUGGCGCCAUGGCCUGCCUCUACCAGAACUACCAGCCGGGGAUGUUGUCGCACCCACAGUUCAGGGAGGGGCAACAGCCCCAGGGCGAGGGGCUUCCAGCGGGUACAGCUGGCGGUGACAGGGGACCCGGCGGCCCAGAGUCGGUAGACGCCAUCUACAGAGCCGUGGUGGACGCCGCCAGCAAGGGCAUGCACGUUACCAUAACAACCACAGUGAGCGGGACAACACAGGCGAGUCCGGUGCCUGCCCUCAGCGCCAUGAGUGCCUUCACUGCGUCAAUAGGGGAGCCGGUCAACAUCCCCCAAGCAGUUAGCACGGUCCUGCACAGGCACCAGGACGGGGAGGCGUUACCCAUGCAAGCCAGACCGAGGCAGGUGAGGCCGGGACGGGGUCAGAAGAACAUGGAUCCAGGGAAGAGCACUCCAGACUGCCCCGAGGCCAACGACUACUUCCGUUCUCCUGGCCGUGGGACUCCCAGGGGGCAGUGGGACGGGGAUGCGCAGCACGGGGGAGGCUUCGAUGCUCACAGCAACAACAGUGCCUGGGGUGGUGAGGAGUUUCUGGAGUGCUCUACCCAAGUUAGGAGUAGUCCCUGCAUGGAGCGACCCGCCAGCCUGGCCCCUGCCCCGCCCUGCCCCACCGAGGGGUCCAACGACCACAGCCUGGUCAUGGCUCACGAUAAGGCCUUUCUCGACGAUGGCUAUCGCUUCAACAACUGCAACCGGACACCCGCUAACUACAAGGAGCGUCUGGAGCAGACGGUGGAGCGCUGCGUCCACAUCAAUGGCACCACGCCUCACUUCAGCACCCGGGGUUACGGAGAAGUCCUGGGCCCCCCGCGGCAGGAGCUGACGGGGGACGACCAGUCGCCCAGCUCCUCCACUAGCCUGGAGGGACCGCUGGCCACAGCCAAAGACUACAGCCACUACAACGGCCACUUCAACGGUAUGGCGCCCAGCCCCUCGGACACAAAGAGCCUGAGCAGUGAGGAGGACCUGCGGCAACCAGACUCUCCCUCCUCGGAGCUGCUUCACUACCGGUCCAGGACCUUCAACAUGGGGGAGCUGGUCUGGGGCCAGCUGAAGGGCUUCCCACCUUGGCCUGCCAAGCUGGCCGGGGAUGAACAAGUGCACAGCGCUGCUAUGCAGCUGCGGGAGCAGGCCAAGGUAGAGCCAGAGAAGCUAAAAACACUAACUCACGACUUGGAGGCACUUGAUCGAGCCGCCAAAAGAGGCCUGAAACAGGGAAAACUGAAUAAUCACUUGGAAGCUGCUAUCCACGAGGCCAUGAGCGAGCUGGAUAAGAUGUCGGGCACAAUCCCGUCGCGGGAUCGUCAGGUGAAGCUCCCCAAGCCCAAGAGGAGGAAGAUAUCCAGAUAACAUUGAAUGUGUCGGCCCCAGAACGUCCUCAAAGCCUUUCGGAGACUGCGUACCGUUCCGCCUUGAUGCGAUCUGAGCUCUCUAAACAGGUGCUACACAUGGGACUUUUUCAGUGGUACAUCCCUCUUUGUUCUAUGAUAUCAACUUGACUUAACGACCGACCACGGAAAAAGGUGCUGGAAGAAACUCCAAUCACCGAUACGGUUUUCAACUGUAGAGGAAAACAAACAAAGAGAAAAUAGAGGAAAAAAAAACAUUGGUUGCAAUUUGUCUACAGCUCACUGAAUUAACUAUUUUUUUCUAGUAUAAAAUAGUAAAAAAAAAAAAAAAAAAAGAAGCUACGAGCAUUACCUUACAUAUUUAAGAAAAAUAGACAGUCCAAAUAUUUCUGAUACAUUUUCAAUAUGUAUAUAGAUAUCCUGAAAUUUCAUGCUAUUAAGAAUUGUAUGUAAAUAUUGUACAAUGUCAUGUACAAGCAUACCUAAUGCACAUUUUAUCUUUUAUUGUACAAAAACAAAGCAGAAGUGUACCAAUGUCUUGGUUUCUAUUCAGAAGUGCGGUUGCAUUACGGCCGCAUGCAUAGGAUAAAUAAGAAUAGAGCCUAAAGCUUUUUAUAUGAUGAACUGUAAGACGUUGCUGUUUUUUUGUCUGUCUGUUUGUUUUUGUAAGGGAACAGCAGUGAAACAGGCACGAGUAUAUGAGUUCUCCAUUACGAAAGUCACUUCACGCCAGUUAAGUGUUCAUUUGUAUUGGGGGGGAAAAAAAGAUUUAAAAAAAAAAAACCAACAACCAGAAUGAACUUUACCAGCAGAAAGUGUUCAAUGACGAAGUGACGAAUGUUGGUAAACCUGCACCUGCUCCGCCAGUCACUUUGACGGGAAAAUCAUGAUAUUUGGAGAUCAAUUUUUGUGCUAAACUAUUUUUUUGGAUUUACCAAUCAUCGUAACUGGCAGACGA